AUGACCAGUGGAAAAAGGACAAACAUUUUUCCCUCUUCUCUGGUUGACCCAGCCGAUCAAUUCUUAACUUACUUUAAUGAUAAGAUUCGCAAUCUUCACAGUAAAUUAUGCGAAACUCCUGUCUUAGAACCAAAUAUUUAUCUCCGUCCAUGCACAUGCAGCUCAAGUUUUUCAUCUUUCUUGCCUGUAACAGAGACCUACAUUAAGCAGAUUGUUUUGAAAUCUCCUACAAAGUUUUGUGAAUUAGAUCCAAUCCAUACUGUGGUUCUGAAACAAUGUCUUCAUGUGGUCUUAACACCUAUUACGAAUAUUGUUAAUUUAUCUUUGGGCGGUGGUUCCAUGCCAGAUGCUUUGAAAGUUUCCCAACUUGCACCUGUCCUAAAGAAAAUAUCGAUGGAUCCUGAAGAUAUGAGUAGUUUUCGUCCAAUCUCAAAUUUACAGUUUAUCUCGAAGACGAUCGAACGAGUCGCAUCUCCCCAACUUAUCGAUUAUCUAAUGGAAAAUAAAAUAUAUCCAAAUCUCCAAUCUGCGUUCAGAAAGGGAUAUAGUACUGAAACAGCUUUUUUACGUGUUCAAAACGAUCUCUUAGAGGCACUUGAUUCUGGCCAUCAAGCUCUUCUAGUAAUGCUCGAUUUUUCUGCAGCUUUCGAUACAAUUGACCAUCAAAUUCUACUUGGCCGUCUGAAAUCUCGCUUUGGAAUUUGUGGUACAGCUCUAUCCUGGUUUCGGUCAUAUCUCACAUCUCGAACUCAGUAUGUAAAAGUAAACGGUAAAACUUCGGCAUCAACUCCGCUAUUACAAGGUGUGCCUCAGGGAUCGGUUCUCGGACCAUUGCUUUUUUCUCUUUACGUUUCUCCACUAGAAGAUAUUUUUACUGCCCAUGACAUUGAUGCUAUGAUCUAUGCUGAUGAUACUCAACUUUACAUUAUUCACGAUUCUGACACUGCCAUUCAGCGUCUUGAACAUUGUCUUCAUGAUAUUCAGGCUUGGUGCCUUCAAAACAAACUGGUUUUAAACGAUGGAAAAACUGAAGCUAUUUAUCUACAUUCUGCAUAUGCUAAAUCAUAUCCAGCUCCUCCCAGCGUCUAUAUUGGUGAUAGCUUAAUCAAGAUCAAAACUGAGGUCCGUGACCUUGGCGCCAUUGUGGACGAAAAUCUCUCUCUGAAGAGUCAUGUAAAUUCAAUCUGUAAAACAGCUUACAUUGCUUUGAGGAACAUUGGCAGUAUACGGAAGUAUCUUGACCAAUCGACUGCGGAGCGGUUGGUUCAUGCUUUUGUCACAUCUCGUCUUGAUUAUUGCAACAGUCUCCUCUAUGGGCUUCCACAACGUGAGAUUGAGAAACUACAACAUGUACAAAACACAGCCGCUAGAAUUGUGUCAAGGUCAAAUAAAAGAGAGCAUAUUACUCCCAUUUUGAAAGAACUUCAUUGGCUUCCUAUACAAAGCCGUAUCCAAUUUAAACUUGGGUUAAUAGUAUUUAAAGCUUUAAAUAAUUUGGCUUCAUCCUAUCUUCAAAACCUUCUGAAAAUACAUCAGCCUUCGCGGUGUUUAAGAUCUGCUUCUAAAAAUUUGCUUCAAGAACCAAGGACAAUCACGAAAACAUAUGGCGAUAGAACAUUUAGGAAGGCUGGAUCGGCGUUUUGGAAUAGCCUGCCUGAUGAAUUGAGACUAGAGACAUCUGUUGAUAUUUUUAAAAAUAAACUUAAAACUCUUCUUUUUAACCAAGCUUACAGUUAGUUCUUAGUAUUCGCAAAUUUUUAACUAUAUAAUCUAAUAUAUACUGUAUUAAUAAGUAAUACCAUUGUAAUGAGCAUUGAGAAAUUUUUGUAAAUGCGCACUGAAGAAUUAAAUUAUUAUUAUUAUUAUAUGAUAUGAAAAUUCGCAUGGAGUUCAAGACAAAUAAACUCGACGAAUAAUGAGAAUAACUUCGUGUUUAUCAAAGUACUGCAAUUGUUUCGACGUUUAUCUCCCAAUCAAGGACGAAAUAGGCUGUUUUAUAUACUUACAGAAAAAGGAAAAUCACGUCCCCCUGGGCCUUAAGUUAACUGACUGUACGAAAUGAUGGAGCCGCUUAGUUUUUUUAUGAACGUUGAGCGUUGUCUGAGUAUUGCUAUUGCUCUUUUUGUUAUUUCCAUGCACAAGCUACGUGAACAGAUAUAUUAUUAAUAUUCAAUCUGUUUAUGUUAAUUUGAUUUUUGUUUUCGUAUAUUUGAUCUGACAUUUGAGUAGUGAAUAUGCAAAAUUGAUGAAAUUAGAUGAAUAGUAUUGUCAAGCCUGCUGUUACCUUUUUCAAAACAUCUGCAUGCUAAGAAAGAGAUUUCAAUUUCAUAAUGGCAGUGGCACAACUGUAUACAGCAAAGUAAAUCAACUUUAAAUGGGAUAAAAUAUUUGAACUGAAGCGCCUUUUGUUGCUGGAUAUGGAUCGUAUCUUUACAACAAAAAGGUAAAUGAAAAAUAUCACAUAUCUUUCAUAGUGUGCUGAGAGCGCAUGGACGUCCAUACAUGAAACAUAGUUGUCGUUUGUGUUUAGUGAUUUUUCACUUGACAAGUCGGCCUUAAAAAGAAAACUUGCUCUAGAGAAACUAGGCUAUACGUUUGCAAAUUCGUCAACUGAGAGAGGUUAGUGAACUUGCUGGUCUAGUAGGAAGACAUGGCAAAAAACAGAAUAAUAUUUUACACUUACAUAUAUAGCGGUUAUAACUACAGAAUCACAGAAAAUAUGAUUUACCGCUAUUAAAAUUAAGCAAACAGGACAGAAAUGUAACGACGACAUCUAAAAUGGAACAAAUAAAAAUCCUACGGGAGUUUUAAACCUCGUCCUAGCUCUCCUACAUUUCAAGCAGCGACAUUUUUAUCAAAUCGGAUCCGGCUAGACUCUUCUGCAACAAUAAGCCCAUAACGUGUCUUGAUCCUAACUUUAAACUGUAUUAAUUUUAUACGUUGGAUAUAAACGACAGGGUUUUUUACUAGCACUAUAGUUGAACGAGUUAGGUUGGCAUCAGGGCGAAGGGAGAGAGGGCGUAGAAACGGCCAUACAUCGAGCGGACCCAUCCGUGAUGCGGGCUUCGCCGGGGCAAUUUUCCCUUUCGUAAACGGUCUUUGCCAUCCCAUACGGUCUUUGCCAUCCCUGCUCGAGUUGCAUCUCGGGAGCUCGCGAGUUCUCGCCACGCGCUACGAGCGCGUUUGCAUUAUUACGUGUGUUCGUGAAAAUUCUUAUAUAAAUUUUAUUUUUGAGUGAAAAAUAUAAAUGGCGGCAAGCAUAAACUUAGAGGGCUUUGAUGAUUUACUAGAGAACGCGUUAAAGAAAGUCGAUCACCGUUUCCAUUGUGAGAAACAGACACAAGAAGAAAAGCAGAAAUUUGAGAGUGCUGUUUUGGAAAAGCUUCCCGAGGAUUACCUUUACGAAGUCAAUGAAUGUUUAGGUACUGAAUCACAGUUUAAGUUGAAGGUAACUACAGAUAAUCUUUCGUCGGAUGAUUUAAAAGGAUGGCUUGCCGAAUUUCAAGCCCUCAACAAUGUAACUCUCAAAGUUAGAGCAAAGAAGAGAGAAACGAAGGGUUAUUCGACCCAGCAUUACUAUAGAUGCCAACAAGACACCAGACGCUGGAGUCCAAGUAAGGACCCCCAGCGGAAGCUGAAAUUGAAUCCAGCUGCCAGAGUGAAAAAUACUAACUGCCCAUUUCACAUGGCUGUAAAGAUAGAUGCACAAAACAACUGCGUUAUUGAUAUUGAAUGGGAGCACAACCAUUCACUAUGUACUUUGGAGUCAUCAAAUUUUAAGGAAUUGUCUACAGCAAGCAUCGAAGAAAUUAAGGAGCUGUAUGAAGCAGGUGAAACCCCAUCUACUGCACGCCAGAUAUUCCUGAAGAAAUUCCGGUCUAGCUGCUCGAACGACCUGGACUAUCAUGUGAAGAAAGCAGAUCGCUCCAUGGUACCAAGGAGACGGGACUUUUGCUACAUGUAUCAGCAGUAUGGCAAGGAGAGAUUUGGUGGAAAGAAUGGUGAAAUGCUGGAUAAACUAUCUGCCAAGUUGGAUGAGUUCCACGAAGCUAACCCUGAUGCCUCAGUGGAAUAUCAACAGUAUGGUGGUGAUAAUACUCCAUUGAUAAUAGCCAUAGUGACGCCAUUGAUGAAACGCAUACAUAAGUGUGUUCCACAAAGUGGAGAACUCAUCUUUGUGGAUUCAACAUCAAACACUGAGGAGCAUAAUCUUAAGGUGUUCCUUCUUUGCGCUGCUAAUGUUGCAGGUGCACUUCCUUGUGGCUUACUGAUAACCAGUGAUGAGAAAGAAAGCACAUUGAAACAUGGUAUGUAAUAUAUACAGACCCAAAACCUAAUUUGUUUCCCCCACUUCACUCUGCCUUAAAUGCCAGAAUUAGCUUUAGGCGUAAAAAAAAAUACCUGUGGUUCCGGUUUUAUAUCGCCAAAAAAUUAGGGUCGGUAGGUUGGAAAUAAUUUUUUUUGAAUAAUUUUUUCAUGUUUUGUUCAACAAUUAUAGUGUGACAACAGAUGCCAUUGGGCCAUUCCAUUUAAUGUAGCCCCCCCCCCCCUCCAUCCCUGAUAAUUGUUAAAUUUGUUUAUAAUAUAUGCUUGUAAAACACAAAGUUUAUAUCACUAGUGUUAAUAACAGUUAUCAACUAAUCUUGGUGAUUAUCCUACAGAGAAAAAGUAAACCCCACUCUGUAUAAAUAGGGGGGUGGGGGUGGCAGUGAUAUUUGUCAAAAAAUGCAAAAUUAUAAUGUUUAUUUCACCUAUUUAUUCAAAUAUUAAUACAAUUUAUAUAAUAAUUUUUGCAAAGUUGUGUACAGAUACUUAUGUAACUUCAACAAAGUGUCACAUACAAAGUCGAUAUUUCAAGUGAAGUCACAUUCAUUCUUCGGUUCGAUCUCGGAAUGUCUUCAGUAUAUGACACUUUGUUGAGGUUAUAUGUAGUACACAACAUUGCAAAUCUCAAUAUUUAAAAUUUUUUUUAUUGUAUUAAUAAUUUGAUAUUUGUACAUUGUAAUGUACAGCUAUUGCUCUUCAACUCCCAGUUUGUAUAAAAAGGUAAAAAAUAUUAGCAAGUUGUGAUACCGUAAACCUCAGAAUAUAAGCCCCCCUCCCGAAUGUAAGCCGCCUGUGUAUAAGCCCACCACAUGUACUAACGCCAUGUAUAAGCCCCCCCCCCUAUAUUAUCCCCCUUGUAUAAGCCCAUCAAAAAUUACGAAAGAAUAUAAGCCUAGGGCUUAUAGUUGGAGGUUUACGGUAAUGUAUACUGUAAUUUGAUGUGAUACUUAUUCGAUCAAGGUAUCACAUUUGAUAGAUACUGUAUAUCUACAUGAUAUAUGUAUUUUACUUGAUCAAGUACUGAUGGAAACUAUAUUGUUGUACAUAAUUAUUGUAUGCUCACUUAAAAUGUUUUCUUUCAAGGUUUUUCCAUGUUAAAGCAAUGCUUACCAGAAGAUGCAUUUUAUGCUAAUGGUCCUGAGCAUGGUCCUGCUGUCAUUCUCACUGACAACUGCCAGGAAGAAAGAAGUGCUUUAAAGUCAGUUUGGUCAUCCACAAACAUGCUUUUGUGCACCUUUCACAUUCUGCAGCAAGUAUGGCGGUGGCUUUUGGAUAAGAAUCAUGCUAUCAGUCAAAUGGACAGACCACCUAUUAUGAGUCUUUUUAAAAGGGCUGUAUUAGCAGAUACCGAAGAAUUAUUUGAGGAAUAUUACAAUGAACUCCUUGACGAGAUAGAGCCAUAUGAGAAUGCUUCUCUAUACUUUGAGGAACUAUAUUCUGACAGAGAAGCAUUUGCACAUUGUUAUCGUUCCAGUCUUCGCAUACGAGGCAAUCACACCAACAAUUUUGUUGAAGCACAAUUUCUUGUUCUGAAAGAUAUUAUUCUUAAAAGGACAAAAGAGUACAACAUUGUGGCUCUGCGUCCUACAUUAAAGACAAUAGAUAAUGAGCUGAAAUGCCUCAUUAUCUAUUGUUUUUAAUAUAUUCGGCACAUGUGAAGUACGGCGUAUGAAACGGGCCUUAGUGACAGAUCUUGGGAUUGGUGUACUACAAAACUAUAUUGACUGAAGUUUUGGAAAAAUUUAGCCAACUUUUGAAGGAUUUUAUUAGGUCCAGUUCACAUGAGACUGGAACGAAGUCAAUUAACCGGGACCAUUUCGUUUUGGUCAUUUUAAUAUAUUAUAUAUAAUAGACAUGUUUACAUGAGGUCUCAAGUCAUUCCGCCUGCUGGACCAAGCCGACUGACUCAGACCAGUAUGAAUUCGGACUGGAAUGAAUGUUGACAUUGGAACAAGUGAACAACACAUGCUAACAAAAGUCAUCUAAAAAAGAAAAUUGCCUGGCAAGGGGAAUAAAUUGAAAAUUUUGUGAUUUUCAUACUGGUCUCAUGUAAACAUGUAAACAUGUUGACAUGCAAUUUCAAUUUUCAUUCCAGGUUGUGAUUCAGUAUCAUGGGAUGAGGUUAGGGGCCUGUUUAUAUGAUCCCGGCCAGGCGGGACGGGAUGCUUACCGAAAUCCCGCUCAUAAUACAAAUGCUAAAGAGUGUUUAUAUGAUCCCGCCACUUAUCCCGCCUAGACUGGAUUUCGGCAACAGAUGCCGGGAUCCUGCCUAAGCGAGAUGAAAAAUUCCCAUAUAAAAACACUUCAUCCCGCCUAGCCGGGAUGAAAAAUUCCCAUAUAAACACUUCAUCCCGGUUAAGGCGGAAUGAAUUGUUCCCUUUUGGGCAUGCGUAAAUGCCUUUAUUGCAACAAAAAUAUUACGUCAAGCACCGAAUGGUUUCAUCCCGGAAAUGUAUUUUGUCCAUAUAAACACUAGGCGAGUAUCCUGUCUUGGCGGGAUGAAAACGUCCCGUCCCAUCUAGGCGGGAUCAUAUAAACAGGCCCUAAGGAAUUGAAAGAUUUUAUAAGCGAGCAAUGCUUAAAAGCAAGAUAUAAACAAUGAAAGAAAUGGCACUAACAGAGCCACAACUUCUCCAGAAGUGUAAAAUUCCAUGAUACUGAAUCACAGUUUGCAAGUUAAUCCUUCAAAAUUUAGUUAAAUGUUUCCAAAACUUCAGUCAAUAUAGUUUUGUAGUACACCCAUCUUAUUAAGGGUUCCUUUCAGCUUUCACCUUGCCAAGACCUGUCACUAAAUUAUGGGUUGCCUGAAUAGAUAUAAUUCCUCAAAUCAUGAUUUUUGAAGUUAAUUUGAUAGAUAUUUUUAAUUGCAUGGAUUAUUGGGUCACAUUUUUCUGCUAUUUAGCCUUAAUAUUGUAGACUUUUUUUAGGAAAGGAAUUGCAAACAAGCGCAUACAAUGGCAAUUCUUCUUCAACUUUUAAUGGGCAACAAUUUCUAAAUAGCAAGGAAGCUGAAUGACUGUAUGGGUAUGGACUAUGGAUAGCUCUUUCAUGGGCUCUGCUCAGUUUGUAUGUUGUAACUUAUGUCGAGCCAUUGCAAGUGAAUUUAACAAAGCCAGCGAACAAAACUGACAAAAAUAUACACGAUUUAGUUGCACAUUUCAGCUUGGAGUUUGGUACUAUUUCAACUGUCAAUUCGACCUCGAACUUUGAAAGGUUCAAAACCUAUCUGUCUCAUGUUUGCUCACUCUAUAAUUUUGUAUACGCAAAGGUUUUCAUCAUAACUUAAUAACAAAUUAUAAUUUAGGUUUUGGAAAUCAUUGGUUUUUUAUCAGGAAGCAGUGCGCGCUAACACUCUCGGACAACAUUUCGACUGCCAUUUUUAACCACCAAAUUAAACAGAGUAUAUAAAUAAAAUAACACCCGAAAUAAAGUUUUUUGUUACUUAAAUCUUAUCUUUAAGUUUCUUAUAGUAGCUGAAAGUAACAAAAACAUAUAAAGUUUACACAAGUAAUAUCUUAUAAAGCAAUAGUUUCAGCAUACCUUCUGAUGGGUCAUAUACGCGUAGCCAUAUUUGUUUACAAUUAGAACGUCUUGCCCCCGCGAAGCCCGCAUCACGGAUGGGUCGCUCGAUGUAUGGCCGUUUCUACGCCCUCUCUCCCUUCGCCCUGGUUGGCAUCGUCGUCGCAUUGUACUCUUAAUUUCUUCACUCAAUCACUCUUAAUCAUGCAACUGUUACGAUUUACUACAGAAUGGCGUCAUUUUGUAAAAUAUGGUCUAGUGCAAAACGGAACGUAUUUGGUAAUUAUACACGUCAUCAUGCAUCAGCCUUCCCUAUAGUCUUUACAGUGGAAUAGUUAACCUGCACCGAGAACGAACGAAUAUGCAAGUAUUUCUAAAAGGAAGAAAGCUUGGUUAACCAGCAACACUAUCAUGUAUAACGUUUAUCGUAACAAAGUUAGAAAACUAUGUAAACUGCUCGUCAGUCCUACUACGAUAAGAAAAUCCUUAAUACCAGUGAAUCUAACUCCCCAAAAAAAUGGUACGAUAACAUCAAGUCUAUUUCUGGUCUAUCUAAAUCGGAACCUUUUUCGAGCAUCUUCCAUGAUGGUGAGUUCAAAAGAGGUCCUGAGCUUGCUGAACUAAUUGCUGAAUCUUUCUGUGCUGUUUCAAACGAAUUGGCCCCACUCUGCUUCAAUAAACUUCACAUUACAUCUGUUCCUGAUGAGUACAUAAUAUCAACCCAACAAGUUGAAAUCGAAUUGGAAAAGAUCAGUCUUCAGAAAGCAAUUGGCCCCGACGAUAUCCCCAACUGGGUACUGAAAUCAGCUGCACCGUUGCUCGCUGGUCCAAUAUGUUCCAUCUUCAAUGCCAGCAUUGCACAAGGUUGCAUCCCGACACUCUGGAAAUCAGCAGACGUUAUCCCAGCGCCAAAAAUAUCUAAUCCCAAAUCAGUUGAUAGUGACCUAAGACAUAUUUCUCUCACACCGGUGCUGAGUAAAUUAUUGGAAAGCUUUGUUUUUCGGUGGCUCUUUGGUUAUAUUAAACCAUCAAUCGACCCCCUCCAGUUCGGAAAUAUGAAAAAUUGCUCCACCACACACGCUCUUAUCCACAUGAUCCAUAACUGGCUAGCCGAAUUAGAAAACCCUGGUUCAACUAUCAGAUGUUGUAUGAUUGACUUUUCGAAAGCCUUUGAUCGCAUCGAUCACAAUAUUUUACUUCAUAAAUUACAACAACUCAACAUCCCUCCUAUCUUGUUGAAUUGGUGCGCUGAGUUCCUGCAUGACCGAUAUUUACGUGUCAAGCUUGGCCAGAAUAAAUCAACAUGGCGACAAAUAAAUGCAGGGGUUCCACAAGGUACAAAGCUUGGACCCCUCUUCUUCCUUGUGAUGAUAAAUGACUUGCAAACCAACACUCCAAUGUACAAAUAUGUCGAUGACUGCUCCACAUACGAAAUCGUUUCAAGAUCGUCCCCUACUUCAUCGCUUCAAGCUAAUAUAAACACUAUAAAUGACUGGACCAAUCACAACAACAUGCGGCUUAAUGUAUCUAAAACCAAAGAACUGCGUAUAUCCUUUCUUAGAGUCCCUAUGGUAUUCGAUGCCCUCUCGUCACCUGGUUUAAACAUAGAAAUCGUCCAGACCUUCAAACUUCUGGGAGUGAUAAUAUCAUCGGAUCUUACCUGGAAUGCGCACAUUGAUUACAUCUGCACCAAAGCAAGUAAACGUCUUUAUGCUCUAAGGAUCCUCAAACGAUCUGGUGCCCCAGCCAAUGAUUUAAUAACGGUCUUUUGUGCAUUUAUUCGUCCAGUUUUGGAAUACGCCUCACCUGUAUGGCACUUUUCUCUCCCUCAAUUCCUCGCUGAUCAAAUCGAGAGUAUACAAAAACGUGCAUUGAAAAUCGCUUUCCCCCAGUCCUCCUAUACUACCUCACUAAGAAACACUGGCCUUCUUACACUUUACCAGCGAAGAGAGAAUCAGUGCUUGUCAUUCUAUACGAAUAUCCAUCAACACUCAGACGAUAAGUUGAGAACGCUACUUCCCAGUGCUAUAUCUCACAAAUUCAGUCUAAGAAAUAAACGCACUUAUCCUAUGUAUAAGUGCAAAACUGAACGAUAUAAGAACAGUUUUAUCCCAAAGUGCGUUAGAAACUGGGACCGACCAUAGACAUAACAAAAUAUUUUAUAGUACAUAUCAUUAAUAUAGUUUAUAUUAUAGUAGUUUUAAAUUGAACUUUUUGCAAAUUUAAAAAUUUUAAUACUAUCUAUGUAACAUCAAGUUUUAUAAAUUUUUAUUAAUUUACAAUGUGGUAAUUAUUAAAAUCAAUCAAUCAAUCAAUUUCAUUGAAAUCGCUAAAGCUGAUUGGUUUGCAUAUUUAAUCAUGUACUGCAGGAAUAGACCAAAGAGUUAACAUGCACAACUUAGACCUGGAUCAAGUCCGUCUCUUUAGGGUCCGAGGGAGAGCGCGAGGUGCAAUAACGCGGGAAAGUUUGAGAGAGAAGACGAACUUGGCUCACCUGCAAGCGCGCCAAAUUUACCGACCCGUUUUUCCGUCGGUAACGCGUCAUGACAUAACUAGAUUGCAAUAAUUUAUGCUAAUUGCAAUAAAGCGGAAAUAACACAAAGUAUCUUGUUGCAAAAUAUAUAGAUUGCUUGUCUCUCUUCGUGUCUGGUUUAGUUUAUACUUAAUUAAUGAUGAAUACGUUUUAAGAAGGUUAUUGAUAUGAUUAUACUAUAUAAAACUGUCACGGCAAACUUCAUGAUAACACGAAAUAUUGAUACAGUCAGGGAUAUAUAUUUUGUUCAGGACAAAUUUUGUGUCAUAUAGUCAUAAUAAUUAACUACAAUAGUCUAUAGAUACGAUAAAAAGUGUAUCUUUAAAUAUAAGGCUUAUAGCUAUAUAUUAAAGGCGUAUUUUGUAUUAAAGUGGAAGUCAAGUCCGUAAUGUAAACACACUGAUUUGUUUACAUUUUGAACUGCUGUAUUUUUUAAAAUAUGAUGCACUGUCUGAAUAUCUAACACCAUUUUGGUUCGCUAUGCUUCUAAAUGAAUAUGAAAUAGAGCUUAAGUUCAGAAAAAAAAUUCGAAACAUUCGAAGUUUGGGCAAUGUUUACAUGAGAGGGUCCUCACAUUGUUAUGAGCAGAAUCGAUGCGCAGAACGGACUAUAACAUUAAAAUAUUUGACCAAUUUAACAUUAAAAUAUUUGAUAAUUCGCUAAUCACACAAAGUGACAAAUCUGUUCGACUGAGGCAGUUUAGGGUCUCAGAAUCGGUUACAAUGUCAAUUAUAAUAAAUAGAUGUUGAUUGUUGAUAUAUUGCCUUAAGUUAACUUUAUUUUGCAGUGACCUUUAUAUUUUAAUAUUUUCAAUGCAAGACUAUUUUGUUUCGAUCGCGACGGGUAUUUUAACGUUUUGCCCUUACAUGCACUUGUGGAUUUCCGUAUUUGUAACAAAACCGCUAAAUUAAUAACACCUGUCUAUUACUAUAAUUCCCACCAAAAUAAUAAAUCUGAUUCGAAACACUGCAGGUGAGCCAAGUCCGCCUCUCCCUUCUUUCUUGCAAAAGACGUUCUAGAACUUUGUUUAUUAUGCACAGUAGGGAGAUAGGACUGUAGUUGAUGGCUGGUUCAAGGGAAUCCUUUUUUUGCACUGAAGUAAUAUUGGCCAUUUUCCAUUCCGACGGUAAACGAGCUGUUUCUAAAGAUCGGUUGAAGAGGGAGCAGAGGCUUGGCGCGAUUUCAUUGCUACAAGUUUCAAGGAGACGAGCAGGGAUUUCAUCAGGCCCACUUGCUUUCGUGAUGUCCAGAGCGUUGAGAUAAUUUGUAACGUCUUCAACUGUUACAGUGAGUUCGGAUAACAAUAUUUCGGGUGGAAGAUAAUCUAGUAAAUUCGUAUUGUCGAUGUCUUGUUGCGAAGUGGGACGACGAAAUACAGAAGAGAAAUAUGAAUUGAACAGUUCUGCCUUACCAGCUGGUGUAGUUGUUGUUUUGCCAUUAUGUGUUAUUUUCGAAGUUGACUUCCCAUGAUGGUGUAAGAUAGCCUUGUGGUAACUCCAGAAACAAUUUGGGUUGUCCUUGAAAGAACCUUCGAUUUUAUUGAGACUGGUACUCACGGUGUUUUGCCCUUAUCAAAUAUUUCACUUUUUGACUUAGUUCGCGCAGGUUUUGUUUGCGGAUAUCAGAUCUGUCCUUCCGAAAUUUUCUCAAAGCAUCAUAUUUUUUUCUUAUGAAAUGGCGAACUUCUCCGUCAAUCCAAGACGGACAUUUUUUGUCUUUAUUUAUUUAUUUAUGACAAUAUUUAAAUAGGAAACUCUCUCACGUAAAGUGAUUUUCAGAGAGGUCCUAUAUUUAAAAAUAUACAUAUAUAAAUAUGAGUCAUAAAAACCAAAUCCAUUACAUUACAAUAAGGUUAACGUUAAAAAUCAGUAAAAGUAUGCCUAGUGUUUAAAUUACAAGUAAGACUAAGAGCUGUGAGCUAUCUAUAACAAUAAAAAUAGUAACUAAAUAGAAUUCAAAGAGUAUGUAUACGUCAGCAUGCUAUGAGUGUUAUAAUUCAGCACUAGUGAGUUUUAAAAUAGUUCAUUUUGAACUUAGCAAUUGAGUCUGAAUGUCUAGUCUCUUCGUCAAGAGUGUUCCAAUCGUUUACUGCAUGGUACUCGAGCCUUUGUUUGCCCCAAUUUCGUUUAACUUUAGGCAAGCAUAAAUUGUUCUUAUUUCUAGUGUUAUAGGAAUGAAGUUCGCUUAGCGAUUUCAAGAUUAGCUUAGACAUAGAUAGCCCAUUCAAACAUUUAAAAAUGAAUAAACAUCUAUAUGAUAAAAUCGACGUUGGUGAAGCCUGUUCCAUCCCAACUCAUCCAGCGCAGCACUAGGCGAAGAAAGUGGGUGAUAGUCAAGGAUGAUUUUUGCUGCUUUGUUUUGGAGAAUUUGUAAAUUGCCCAUCAGUACGUCAUUGUUCUUAUCACCCCAUACCAGGUCGCCGUAGUCAAACAGAGGUAAAAUAAGACUCUUGUAAAAAAGUAGUUUGCGUAUCGCGGUAGCAGAUGCUUAAUUCUCUUCAGGAGCCCCAGGCGUUUGCUGAUCUUUGAACAGAGUUGGUUAACAUGUUCAGUCCAGGUCAUAUUAGUUGAAAAAGUUAUUCCAAGAUACGAGAAUUCUUCGACUCUUUCUAUAUUACUGCCAGCUACCUUGACUGUGACGGAAUCAAUAUUAGAAAGUUUACGGCUACUCCCAAUGAUCAUGAAUUUGGUCUUUUUUGUAUUCAAAGUUAGUUUAUUCUCAUUAAGCCAAACACAAACAUUACGCAGGUCGGCAUUUAGUUUCUCCUCCAGAUCCUGGGAAGU